UCCCCAUAAAUCCAUGUCCCCAACAGCUUCAUUCCAUCUUCCCCCCAAUUUCAAGUAAUUCCUGAUCUAUUCUAUUCUAUUGUAUGUAUGUAAUAAGAUCGAUGAUGACUGUAAUGAAAUCCAUGGAGUUUCCCAUGGUGCUGCUCAGGCUAUCCCACUGGUUCCUCUACAACUUCGUCGCCAACUCGUGCUCCAGGAUCAAGAACCAUGGAGUCUUCUCCCUCAGAAACCCCCCCUGGAUCAAGUCUUCUUCCUCGUCAUCCCAACAGUGUCCGUACCCCAGCCUCACCAACUCCAACCUCCAGGACCUUAAAGCUCGUCCCCCAACAGCCCUUGUCUGCGACCUCCAUGGCGGGCUUCUGAGGUCCCGGACCUUCUUCCCUUACUUCAUGCUGGUCGCCUUCGAAGGCGGGAGCAUGCUCCGGGCCCUCCUGCUCCUCCUCUCGUGCCCCCUCCUCUGGAUUCUCCACUUCCAUCUUCAACUGCGGAUUAUGAUCUUCAUCAGCUUCUGUGGGCUUAGGGUUAAGGACAUGGACAGCGUGGCCAGAGCUGUCCUCCCAAAGUUCUACCUUGAGAACAUCAAUCUCUUCGCCUAUGAAGCUUUGGAAUCUGCUCAGCACAAAGUCGUCGUUACAAAUCUCCCCAGGGUUAUGGUCGAAGGGUUUCUUAAAGAGUAUUUGGGAGUCCAUCUGGUCCUCGGCACUGACCUCCAUACUGUCGGAGGAUUCUUCACUGGCUUCCUGUCUGAAUCGGGCCUCCUCGUCAAGCACAGAGCUGUUAAGGAACUGUUUGGGGAUAAAAAACCUGAUGUCGGGAUUUCCACUUGUUCCUUGCUCGACCAUUUGUUCCUCUCCCUCUGCAAGGAAGGGUUCGUGAUCACCAAAGAAGAAAUGAAAUCCAUUCCGGCGAUGCCUAGGGAUCGGUACCCGAAGCCACUGAUAUUCCACGACGGCCGUUUAGCGUUCUUCCCGACGCCGGCGGCGGUUCUCGCGAUGUUCAUCUGGAUUCCGAUCGGCGUAAUUCUAGCUAUCUUCCGGCUCCUCGUCGGAAUCUGCCUGCCGUACAAGGUAGCCAUCCCCAUCGGAACUGCCAGCGGGGUGGAGCUAAAGUUACAGGGCUGUGCUCCGGCGAGGUCACAGACGGGGAAAGGCGUGCUCUACGUGUGCACCCACCGGACCCUCCUGGACCCGGUCUUCCUAAGCACCGCCCUCAACAAGCCCCUGACCGCCGUGACCUACAGCCUGAGCAAGAUGUCGGAGAUCAUCGCGCCGAUCAGGACCGUCCGGCUGAGCCGCGACCGGAGCCAGGACGCGGUGACGAUGCAGCGGCUGCUGAGGGAGGGGGACCUGGUGGUGUGCCCGGAGGGGACGACCUGCCGGGAGCCGUACCUGCUCCGGUUCAGCUCGCUGUUCGCGGAGCUCGCCGACGAGAUCGUGCCGGUGGCGAUGGAGGCGAGCGUGUCGAUGUUCUACGGGACAACGGCGAGCGGGCUGAAGUGGCUGGACCCGAUCUUCUUCCUGAUGAACCCGCGGCCGAGGUACAGCGUACGGGUGCUGGAGAAGGUGCCGAGGGAGCUAACGUGCGCGGGGGGGAGGUCGAGCAUUGAAGUGGCGAAUCACAUACAGAGGCAGCUGGGGAUGGCGUUGGGAUUCGAGUGCACCAAUUUCACGAGGAGGGAUAAGUAUCUGAUGCUGGCGGGGAACGAUGGGACUGUGGGGAGUAGGAAGACCAAGAUUCGGACCAAAUCCAAACCCUAAUUAUUCACUUGUUCUUUAAUUGGUAAUGAACUGGGGAAAGGGAAUUAUAUAUGUAUUUUUGGGUUUUAUUUUUAUUUAUUUAUAAAUUGUCAGUAAAUAUAUAUUUGUUAUUUUUCUUUAGAAAAUAUAUAUAUAUUGAUAUUAUUA